AUGGCACCCACUUCCGGACUUCUCUACGUGACGAUGCAGCCCAAAGCUGGGCUGCCAGAAUCUCAAUUUCACGAUUGGUACAACAAUGAACAUGGCCCAACUCGUCUGCGUCUCGAUUUCUGUGCCAAUGGCUUCCGAUAUCGAGCAAACGACCUUGGUGGGGAAACACCUUCAGAGGGGAAGCCGGAAUGGAUGGCGAUGUAUGAUAUCACAGAUAUGUCCGAAUUGACCAAAGAAACAUAUCUGCGGCUUCGUGGUCCUCCAUCCAAAACCCCAAGAGAGGCCGAAACAAUGGCACAAAUUAAGGUUGACCGAAAGCUCUACGACUUCGUUGCGGGCAGGGAAUCCGAAGAAUUUAAAAAGAUGGAAGAAGUGAAGAACGAGGGACAGGGCAACGUUGUAGUGGCAGUCUUCCUCAAAUUGCACCCGGGAGAUGGAAUGCUGGAGAAAUUGGACAAAUGGUACUGGGAGGAACAUGUUGAUAUGCUUGCCAAAGUUCCUGGGUGGUUACGGUCACGGAGGUUUGUGACUUCGACAAUUGAUCCAGAUGCGCCCACUGAGUAUGUAGGCCUUCAUGAAUAUACACCGCAGAAUGGGUUGGGAGGGCCGGAGUUCAAGGCUUCUACUUCAACGCCCUGGAAAGCUGAGAUCAUGUCGAAUGUGGUGAAAGAUAAACAGAGACGUGUGUACAAUCUAUAUUACACAUUUGGAGCAGCUCCCCGUUACCUUUCUGCAGACAUCUCGAACUGGACCUCCACCGAUCCUACCAGUCCAGUCCUUACGAAAACCAUAUCUGCAUCAGCAAGCAAUACAGAAGGCGGAGUCAUUGAAUCAUACAUCACAACCCCUGAUGGAGUAGUCAUCCCCUACCGCCUUGAAGGCUCACAAGACCCUAAUGCUCCACUCAUCGUACUCUGCAACUCCAUUCUCACAACCUACGGAAUUUGGGACGACUUCGUAACAUCCUUCCUCUCCUCCCCCUCCAACAAGAAAUACCGUAUCCUCCGUUACCUCAAGCGCGGCCGAUUCUCAGCCUGCGGCACAGAACCAAUAACAGUAGACCUCCUCGCCUCCGAUGUGAUUGCUCUUCUCGACACUCUGAGAGUCAAAAAGGCAGCAGCGGUGAUAGGGGUAAGUCUGGGCGGUGUCACAGCCCUGGACGUGGCGCUCAAAUAUCCCGAGCGAGUGGAAAGAUUCAUUAGUUGCGAUACUUCUUCCAAGUCACCGGCUGGCAACGAAAAAGCGUGGAGCGAACGUAUCGCCCUCGCUGAGAAGGAGUCUGCUACCGCGUCAUCUGGAGAGACAAUAGUGGGACAGGAAUUAGCUGAGAUUACAACCCGUCGGUGGUUUGUAAAGGAGAGUUAUGAAGAGCCAGCUCUGGCAGAGAAACUUGAGGGCGUGAAACAGAUGGUCGCUAGUAAUAGUCUUAAGGGCUUCAGGCAUAGCGUUAAAGCGCUGUGGGAGUAUGAUUUGAAGGAAGAGAUGAAGAGUUGUACGGUCCAGGGGAUAUUUCUUGUUGGAGGCAGUGAUGGCGUGUUACCGGGGACGAUGAAGGAUAUGGCUGCUGCGUAUGGGAAGGAUUGUGCAAGAUAUGAGGUUAUCGAGGGUGCGGGGCAUUUACCUAUGGUUGAGAAACCGGGGGAGUUUGCGGGAGUUGUUGGAGGGUUCUUGGGUGCCUAA